UAUUAGGUUCUUCCAUAGACUUCUAUAUAGAUUCUCAACCUGUUACGCUUUGGUUGGGAUUAUUGCAAGUCCUGUCCAAUGGAGUUGAUAAAAGAGGAUGAUGGCCUUGAGCCAGUGAGCCCUUCAGGACAGUACCUUAACAGCAAAGUGAUGUCGGUUUCUAUUCUUGGCAUCUUGGAAUUAGAAAUUCCAAUUGAUGACUCCCAAGCUAUGUCGUUUUUCAGAGAUAUCUUCCUCCCAAUAAACCCUCGCUUCUCUUCUAUCAUGGUGACGGGAGAGAAGGGAGCAAGAAAAUGGAAGAAGGUGGGAGUGAAUAUGGAAAACCAUGUACACGUCCCAAGUUUUUCCUCUCCAAAGGGCUCGUCAUCUCCAUCCGAGAAUGACAGUUUCCUAAAAAGUUACAUUUCACAAAUAGCUAUGCAACCAUUUCCACAAGGCCAACCGCUGUGGGAAAUACAUAUUAUCAAGUGUCCAACCAGUGAAGCACAGGAAACCCUAAUUUUCAAGCUUCACCAUGCGCUUGGUGAUGGCUAUUCUCUUGUGGCUGCUCUCUUGUCUUGCCUUCAAAGAGCUGACGAUCCUUCUCUUCCAGUAACUUCUCCCUCAGUCAAAAAGUUCAGCUCAGCCAAUAAAGAUGACAGAAACAUCGGACUUCGGAAGGUGGUUAGCAGAUGUUUUUCCCCGCUUGUCAACACCGUAAGAGAUUUCGGUUGGAGCUUGUUGAAAAGCACUUGUGUCAAGGAUGAUUUGUCGCCAAUUCGGUCCGGUUCGGAGAGCCUCCAGCCAUAUUCAGUGUCGACGAUCACGUUCUCGUUGGAUCAGAUUAAAGAGAUCAAGUCUCGCCUUCGAGUGACCGUCAACGAUGUGAUUUCGGGAGUAAUCUUCUUGGCGACUCGAUUGUACAUGCAAAGAGUGAGCACAAACUCGAACCUGAGCACCAACUCCACAGCAUUGGUGUUGCUAAAUACAAGGAAUUUGCGAGAUUACAAGCCAGUGAGAGAUAUGGUCCGACCUAAUUCGGAGUCACCAUGGGGAAAUCAUUUUGCAUUCUUGCAUGUGCCGAUACCGAAAGUGAAACCAAGCGAUUCUCAGUUCUCUGAUCCUUUGAAGUUUGUCCACAAAACUCAUGAGGUGAUCAAGAGGAAACGAAGCUCCUUCGGUGUAAUCCUCACAGGAAGCUACUUGAGAUCAUGCAGAAAUGCAGAAACGCAGAGUACUUGCAGGCUGUAGCAAAGCACAUCAGCAGGACAGCGAGAAACUCGAGCAUGGGCAUCUCCAACGUUAUAGGGCCAAUCCAUAAAUUGUCUCUGGCUAAUCAUCCUCUUAGAGGCGUGUACUUCACCGUCGCCGGCAUACCUUGGAAUCUCCUCAUAACGAUCUUCAGCUAUGCGGGAAAUCUGAGAGUGGCCGUUGGAGCUGAGCAAGGCUUCAUAGACUCCGAGCUGUACAACCAUUCGCUGCUUGAUGCUUUCGACAUGAUCCUUCGCGACGCAUGUCAGAAGCAGUAGAAGCCAUUCCUAUUUCUAUUAUUCUCAUCGUUCAACGCCUUCUGAUGAAAUCCUAAUUUUCUUUUUCUCCCUUGUUUCUUGCAAUGAAGAUACUGUUAGCAUGGAAGGAUCCAAACAUAUGACGACAGGAAAAUAUUAUUUGAAUAAAUCGAUAUAUCAGGGGGCGUGUUUAGCUUUAAAUUUAGAAUAUGGGAUAUUUCUACAAGGAUCGAAAACACUGUGGACGACGGACAGAGUUGAAAUUUUUCAUUCAUAUUAUCUGGCA